UUCAACGUGCUCUGAUUCCUUUUACUUUUCGUCCCUCCUAUUCGUGAAACAACCAUUGUUUUCAGAUUCUAAGCUUUUGUUUGUGCCAAACCGGAUCUAAAACAUCCUCAAAAUUCUCCAACUCGAAUAUCCUUAAUCCAAAAACAAUGAGUUCUUCAAGAACAGUGAGGAAACUACAGGUUCUGUCCCCUGUUCCAGCAGAUAUAGACAUUGCUAACUCAGUUGAACCUGUUCAUAUCUCUGAGAUUGCCAAAGACCUCAAUCUUAGUCCCAAUCAUUAUGACCUUUACGGAAAAUAUAAGGCCAAGGUUUUGUUGUCCGUUCUUGAUGAACUGCAAGGAUCAGAAGAUGGGUAUUAUGUUGUGGUUGGAGGUAUUACUCCAACUCCUCUCGGAGAAGGCAAAUCCACUACUACAGUGGGGCUCUGUCAAGCUUUGGGUGCUUUUCUUGAUAAAAAGGUAGUCACCUGCCUACGUCAACCAUCACAAGGGCCUACUUUUGGAAUCAAAGGAGGUGCGGCUGGUGGUGGUUAUAGCCAAGUGAUUCCCAUGGAUGAAUUCAAUCUUCACCUCACAGGAGAUAUUCAUGCGAUAACUGCAGCAAACAAUCUUCUAGCUGCUGCAAUUGAUACCCGAGUUUUCCAUGAGUCAACGCAGUCAGAUAAGGCUCUUUUUAACCGGUUAUGCCCUCCAAAUAAAGAAGGAAAAAGGAGCUUUAGUGAUAUCAUGUUUAGGCGUUUGAAGAAGCUUGGUAUUUCAAAGACCAAUCCUGACGAUCUUACACAAGAAGAAGUAAAUAAAUUUGCUAGGCUUGAUAUUGAUCCUGAUUCUAUUACAUGGAGGAGAGUAAUGGACAUCAAUGACCGAUUCUUGAGAAAAAUUACUAUUGGUCAGGGACCUGAUGAGAAAGGAAUGAUAAGAGAAACAGGAUUUGAUAUUUCAGUGUCUAGUGAGAUAAUGGCUGUUUUGGCGCUGACAACAUCCUUAGCUGAUAUGAGAGAGAGGCUUGGGAAAAUGGUUAUUGGAAAUAGCAAGAGUGGGGAUCCUGUAACCGCUGAUGAUCUAGGUGUUGGAGGUGCUUUAACGGUUUUAAUGAAGGAUGCCAUUCACCCCACCCUUAUGCAGACUCUGGAAGGAUCCCCUGUGCUUGUUCAUGCAGGUCCAUUUGCAAAUAUUGCUCAUGGGAAUUCUUCUAUUGUGGCUGAUAAGAUUGCACUGAAGUUGGUGGGACCAGGCGGAUUUGUAGUCACUGAAGCUGGUUUUGGUGCUGAUAUUGGAACUGAAAAGUUUAUGAACAUUAAGUGUCGAUAUAGUGGUUUGACACCUCAGUGUGCGAUUGUUGUGGCAACAAUAAGGGCACUAAAAAUGCAUGGUGGAGGGCCAGCAGUUGUUGCUGGAAAACCUCUUGACCAUGCAUAUUUGACUGAAAAUGUUGCUUUGGUUGAGGCUGGUUGUGUGAAUAUGGCACGGCAUAUAUUAAAUACAAAAGCUUAUGGUGUGAAUGUUGUAGUUGCUAUCAACAAGUUUUCAACUGACACUGAAGCUGAGCUAAAUGCGGUUAGGAAUGCUGCUUUAGCUGCUGGGGCUUAUGAUGCUGUAAUUUGUACCCAUCAUGCCCAUGGUGGCAGAGGAGCAGUUGAUCUGGGCGUUGCAGUUCAGAAAGCUUGUGAGAAUGUGACACAGCCAUUGAAGUUCCUAUAUCCUCUGGAUUUGGGUAUUAAAGGGAAAAUAGAGGCAAUAGCAAAGUCAUAUGGAGCCAGUGGCGUUGAGUUCUCAGAGCAGGCUGAGAAGCAGAUUGAGAUGUAUAGCAAGCAAGGCUUUUCAGGUCUUCCAAUCUGCAUGGCUAAGACACAGUAUUCUUUCUCAGACAAUGCUGCAGCAAAGGGUGCUCCCAUUGGGUUUAUCUUACCCAUAAGGGAUGUAAGAGCUAGCAUAGGAGCUGGAUUUAUUUAUCCUUUAGUUGGAACAAUGAGUACGAUGCCAGGGCUUCCAACAAGGCCAUGCUUCUAUGACAUUGAUAUUGAUACAACAACUGCAAAAGUCAUUGGUCUCUCUUAAACCUCAAAUGCCUCCCACUCUACCACUUACAAAGACUUCAUGGAUGCUAUUUACAUAUCCCUUUACAAAGUUGACGAAUGUCACAGUAACAUAAGCCUCCUCCUUGUUUCUAGUUCGUUUGCUUGGUGAUCUUAAUCUAUAUGAAUGAAACACGUAUUUAAGGAGAAUAAUUUUUUUCUUCUCGUAUUUCUAUUUUAAUUGAGUUGAUGCAAAAUAUUCCUCUCGAGCGAAUACAUUACAGGCACACAGAAUUCGUGGAAUAAAUAUAAAAUGGAGGUGUCAAGGUUUCCAUCAUAAUUUUCCUUAUUGUGAGGAUCGAACCCGGGACACGAGGCUCUGAUACCAUGUGAAGAACCUUGGGAUACACCACCCCAAAAGCUAGCUCAAAGGGUGGGAGUGCCCAAAGCUUUAUAAACUCCACAUUAGUUGCUCAUACCACCAAUGUGGGACUAUAUAUUUCUCCCCCUCACACGAGAGCUCACUGGCACAGGCCCACCUACCUGUGCGAACAAAGAAAUUUCACUUGAAAGAAAGUGGGGGGCGGUGAGGAUCGAAUUCGGGACACGAGGCUCCGAUACCAUGUGAAGAACCUUGGGAUACACUACCCCAAAAGCUAGCUUAAAGGGUGGGAGUGUCCAAGACCUUAUAAAUUCCACAUUAGUUGUACAUACAACCAAUGUGGGACUAUAUAUCUCAACACUUAUAAAUUAGGAAAAUUUUGGAAACUGGAGGCACAUUUAUCUGUUUUUCUCUCUCAUUUAAGUUUAGAAAAUUGCUGUAACACGUAUGGCAAUUAUCUCCGCUAGAAAAAUGUAGUGGAGUAAAUGGUUCCUUUGUUACAUAGUAACAUUUCUUUGCAUAUAUAAGUUCACGUAGUAAAUUAGAAUCAGCAGUUUCCCUUUAAUUAAUUUAUGGAUGAGAAAAGGGAAUGGUGAUAAAAGAAGUUGAAAAGAAAACAAAGAUGAAAAUGGAAGAAAAACGAGCAAGUUUGUUUGGUGAGAAAGGAUGGGAAGAGAUAGAAAGAAAUUAUUAUAAUUUUUAAAGUGAAACGCAGCGGAUCACUUAAAAGAAUGUAAUUUUUAUAUAUAUAUAUAUAUGUUGGUUAUUACCUAAAAUAUAAAAUUUUCAUGCUUUGUUGCAAGUUCAUUAGACAUUUUAUCUAUCUAAAAAUAGAAAUAUGAGAUAUAACAUGUCUUGAUUCUUUUUCUUGU